CCAUUUCUCCCCGGGCCGGGGUUGAAGGGCCGGCGCCGCUCGCAGGAAGAUGGCGGCGAGGUUGAGCGGCGGCGAGAACCGGCUGGUGUCGCUGCCCCUUUCGCGCAUCCGCGUGAUCAUGAAGAGCUCGCCGGAGGUGUCCAGCAUCAACCAGGACGCGCUCUUCCUCACCGCCAAGGCCACGGAGCUUUUUGUUCAGUAUUUGGCUACGUACUCCUACAAGCACGGCAGAGGCAAGGAGAAGAGCGCUCUGACGUACAGUGACCUGUCUCAUACUGCAGAGGAGUGUGAAACCUUUCAGUUCCUUGCAGAUAUUUUACCAAAGAAGAUCCUAGCUAGCAAAUACCUAAAAAUGCUUGAAAAAGAGAAGCGAGAUGGAGCAGUGGGGGGCGAUGAUGAAGAUGAGGAGGAGGAAGAUGAUGACGAAGAUGAAAGUGUUGAAGAGGAUGUUGGAUCUUAAGGCUAACAGAGGAUUACUGCAUAGUUGAUCCAUUUUCUGUUGUAUAAAGGAUGCUAUUUUUGUGACUGAGAAUCCAGAUGCUGGAUGUAUUUAUACACUGAGCCAUCUGCUUUUGCUUUGUUUAAGAAGUUUAGAAGUUGAACUUCAUCCUUGCUGAAGAAUGGAAUUCUUCUCUUGGACACGUGGUGGGGAAAGAAGAGCUAUUGUAAAUCCGGCAGCAGAACUUGCUCAGACGAUUUAAAAUUACUUCUUCAGACAAUCGUUAAACAAACUUAGAACGUCUUAUGGGCAAUGCAGCUUUCAGGCCAAAGGCUCUUUCUCCCUCUGACUAGGAGUCCUCCCCUAGCUGGUGUCUUUCCUUGGAGUGGAAAAUGAGGGGAGGGGAGACUUCUUACCCGCUGUCUACAAUCCUCUGCCUUUGCCUCUGUGGGUAGACAGUAACUGAUCAAACCAUCCCCCAGUUUUCUGGAACAGUGCCAGGGCAUUAGCAGUGGACCAAGCCUGUUUUUUAAAAAGUCUUCUGUUUACAGAAGCAGGGGUUUUUUUCUUUUCUUUUUUUAAAAGCAGCCUAAAUAGCUUUGUCUGCACAGAAAUGGGCUAGAGGAUGAGAUCCAUUCCAAUAGCUAAUCUGCGGCUGUAACGGUAAAAAGUACAAGUGUUAGAUAAUGAUGUAAAUAUGUAUAUCUAGAAUCUUUUUCUCUAGCGACAUCUCUAUAUCUGCAAUUUGUCUAUGGUUUUCUUCCAAAAUGGACAUUGUUUUAAGUUUAUUGAAUGUGGAUUGUUGAAUGGCAAGAGAAUGAGCAACCCUUUAACCAUCUGAGUGGUAGAGCUGGAUUUUUAUUUUCUUGUUUGUUUUUCUUUUUUUAAUACAGAAAUGGCAACAGUCCUAUGUAGAACUUUGUAUACAAACUUUUAAAAAUAAACAUUUUAUAUAAAAAGUUACAGUUAA